UGGGGGGGGGGGAUGGGGUCCCCUCCGCCGAGGAGAGCGCGUCCUGUCAGGGAGGGCCGCGGCCCGCGCUGUGGCGAGCGGCCCUCAAGUGCCUUCAUACGCCUUUAUUUUCUCCAGGGACCCAUCUAGUUUGCAAGCUUGCAGUGAGACGUUCAUAAGCAGCGGUGCAGCUAAUCCAAGGAAUCCCAAAACCACGUGUCAGACUUCAAAGCAUGGUUACAGAGUUCUCCAGCGCUGUGUACCUGCGCAACACCUCCAAGUGGGAAUUUCGCUAGCUAUAGCCAAGCUUACAAAGGAAGGCAUGUGGCAACCUCAGUUUUGCAUGAAAAGAGGCAGGCAGGAAAAAAGUCACAAGAUCCUUUACAAGGUCUUUCUGCAGAAGAGGGAAUAAAAGCUUCAGGCUGAUUUCCACCCUUAUCCCCGUAUCUGGCUGUUCCUAGGGUCUUUUCCAAGCCCUUAUCAUUUCUACGCUAGGGUUACCCCUGCUUUGUGGAAAGUGAUGUUUCAUCUCAUACAGUGCUGUCCUGGAGAGGUGGGAGUACUGCAGGACUGCGUGGGAAUGCGGAACAGCAGUGAUUAAGUCCUCAGACAAGAGAGAAUCCGUACUGAAGACCUGGAGAGGUGCUGCAGGAGCAAAGGAGAGAUGUAAUACAGGAGAGCGGAGCAGGGCUCUUCCCAUCGCUGCCAAGGCGCCCGCUGGGACAGCAGUUGUCUAACUGCCUAGGGACUUGGAAAAUAACAGAUUGACCAAAUACUGCAGCAAUGGCAACAAUCAAGGGAAUUUCAAGUUUCAGCGCUGAGCAAGAAGCACAGGCAUUAAGGAAAGCAAUGAAGGGAUUUGGUACGGAUGAAGAUGCCAUCAUCGAGACCUUGACCAAACUGAACGUUUCCCAACGCCAGCAAGUUCUAAUCACCUAUAAAACUACUAUUGGCAGGGAUUUGAUUGAUGACUUGAAGUCCGAGCUGAGUGGGAAUUUUGAGAGGGUGAUCAUUGGGAUGAUGACUCCCACCACCAUGUACGACGUGCACGAACUGAGGAGGGCUGUGAAGGGGGCAGGAACAGAUGAGGGUUGCCUGAUUGAAAUUCUGGCUUCUCGCACAAAUGAAGAGAUCCGGCGCAUUAAUGAGAACUACAAACUUCAAUAUGGCUGUACCCUUGAAGAGGACAUUGUCUCCGAUACAUCUUCCAUGUUUCGAAGAGUCCUCGUGUCCCUCUCGACGGGAAACAGAGAUGAGGGAGCAUAUGUGGAUGGUGCCCUUGCUCAGCAAGAUGCUCAGUGCCUGUAUGAAGCUGGGGAGAAGAAAUGGGGAACGGAUGAGGCACAAUUUAUGUCCAUCCUCUGUACACGGAACAGAAGUCACCUACUAAGAGUUUUUGAUGAAUACAGAAAGAUUGCUAAUAAGGACAUAGUGGACAGCAUUAAAUCUGAGAUGUCAGGAGACCUUGAAGAUGCUUUACUAGCUGUGGUAAAGUGCACACGGAAUAAACCUGCAUAUUUUGCUGAAAGAUUGCAUAAAUCCAUGAAGGGCUUGGGAACAGAUGACAAUACGCUGAUCCGAGUGAUGGUGUCCCGCUCUGAAAUAGACAUGUUGGAUAUCAGAAGGGAAUUCCUGACCAUGUAUGGGAAAUCUCUCUACUCCUUCAUUAAGGGAGACACCUCAGGAGAUUAUAAGAAAGUUCUGCUCAAACUCUGUGGUGGGGACGAUUAAAGGAUGCCUGGUGUACUGCCGGGGUGAUGGGAAACAGCAGAUCAUAAGGAUUUCUUUCUCUUUCCAGAUGGCUUAGAUUACCGCUAUGAAUAUUGACUUAGGUUAGUUAAUGCGCUGAUUAGAUAAUGUCAAUUCACUUUGACCCUUAUGAUAUGCUUUCAUGCUUGGCACACCCCUUUCUCUUCUAAUUUGGCUAGUAAAAUCUGACUUGAGCUGAAUGCCGUAACCAACUCUGUAAGAGCUAAACGUGUUUCCUGACAAGCUGUCCCUCUGCCAUUGCAUUUGCUAGCAAAACUUAUUUAUCAGCUGAAGCCAACUUAGAUGUGGAAUGUAGGAAGCGGCAGAGGAAAAAAUUAACCUGAUAAAUAUAGAGAGGGUGCAGAAUGCAGGCUUGCUUCAGUUUUGCACGAUAAUUCAAACACAAAGAAAAUCACCCAUCCGAGAUACAAGUGUUUAAAUCUAAACUUGCCCUUUGUUAAUGUGGAGCAUUAACAGACCUGGUACACUUACAUAUGUAUGUAUCUAUGUGUUGCCUAUAGAUCAGAAGGUAGGGAAGAUGUCCCUGGUGACAUUAGAAGAAACAGGUCAGCCCUGUACUCUUGGUCUUACCUACUUGGCCUGUGGGAGCGUGAUUUCUCCCGAAGUUAGCAGGGUUGUGUCACAAGCCCUUGCUCUAAAGCGGUGUCGUUGGAACGGUGCCGUUUCAGGGAAUGACCUGUCCCCACAGCCUUAUCUCGUCCGCGCUGCCUGGUGCUUUACAUGGGGACACCUUGCAGGGGGGUAGGAGGGUGCCUUGCGUGGGGGCAGCUCACUGUGUCCCGCCAGCGCCAGCUGGUUGUCGUCCUUCCUAACGCUACGGUGGAGGGUCCGGUUGUGCCCGUGCCCAGCCUGGACUCCACACCAGCUGCUGGAAGCACGUUUCCUCCCAGACUGUACGCCGCUGCCUUUUGGGCUGAGGGUCAUUUGCACGACACUGUGGUUGGCGUUCGGGUUUGCAGGCUGCUUCCGCUGCUGCUGUAUGAUCCUAUUGCAAAGGCAGCGCAGGCGGAGGGUGGAAGUUCAUGUGGUCUAACCCCAGUUCUGCUGCUCGCUUUGCUCUAAAUCAAGCUCCUCCUGACUUGAGAAGGAGAUACUUCUGUGCCUUCAGCUAACAAUCAUUUCGUUUCUCUUUCUCCCUGCUUUAAUCGGGGGCGAUGCAUUCCUUAGCUUUGGCGAGAGGGGGCAGAGAUUUUUCAAGUCUUCAGCACCCUGCUCAAUAAAAUAAUUCUUUUUUUUACCCCGUGCUCCGGACGCACUCAGAUUUUGUGUUUAAAUGCUUUGUGUUACAUUGCUGAGUUUUUUAAAAACCAAUAAACAAGAUGUUUCUCUA